AUGUUGGUCGCGAAUUUUGAAUCAUUGGAUGUGUGCAAAGGUGCCGUCUGGGGUCCACAAGGAAGCGUGAGUCCGAUUAUAUUGGAGGAAGUAGAAUUAUUUAUGAAUACGGUUGUUCCACCAUUAUUACAGUUCGUGGCUGAAGCUCCAUUGGGAAUUGUGAUCAGACUAUUCGGACUGUUUGUGGAAAGAAAUAGUAUUGUUUGGGUGGCAAGAAGUAAGGUCGGUCUUGCCUUCUUGACCAUGUUUUUGAGCCGGGCCGAAAUUUUAAAACAAGGUGGUGGCUCCAUGCAAGGCUUACCGCAACCCGAAGAACUAGAGUUAAUUCAAUGGCAAGAUCUAUAUAAUCUCCUAUUUUGCACUUUACAAAAUCACUUUUUAUCAUUAUUCCCUCCAUUCCUUGUUGGCAUUGAUGACAUGUAUGUAUGGCAAUUUCUCGCGGCAAUGGCAGUUGGCGCUUCCACGGAGCAGCAACACAUAUUAGUUACUGAAGUCAG